AGAAAUCAAACCAAAUUCGACGUUCUGUCACUGAUCAAUGUCAUGGACUGAUUCGUAGUGAUUUUUCCAUUUCCAAAUUAGGUGUAUACUUUACCAAAAACGAAAGAUGUCAGAACCAGAUCUGAUAUCCCAGAAAACCCUGUCCACCACACAGGAUGAUGCAAUGGUGAUGGAUGACAUUUCUUCAGGAGAUGAGAAUUCGAUAGUGGAUAAGAGAUCCUACGGGAAAUACAUACGAGAACCGGACUUGGUGUCCGACCAAAUAGCCCCAUGUCGCACCUACGUAUCCCCGCAAGAUAUGCAGAAGUGGUUCGGAGACCUGGAGCACAAACAAGAUGGCAAGAUGACGGCGAAAGAACUGCAGCAGGCCUUCGAAAUCUUCCAAGGACGCUAUUUCUCGGACAGCGCUUGCAAAUUCGUGGUCAGGCUGUUCGAUCUGGAUCAGAACGGCGGACUGGACAUCAGAGAGUUCGAACUCUUGUACUACUACAUCAAGCAAUGGGUGACUGCCUUCAACGCUUACGACAAGGAGAGGACUGGUUUGCUGGACGAAGGUCAGCUGGAUUUCGCCUUGAAACACAUGGAUAUCCAUUUUUCGCCGGAGUUUAUACGUUAUCUGAUCCAGAGGACCAAUCCGAACGCUACCAAGAUGCCGCUGGAUAAGUACAUAGUCACAUGCAUUCAGAUCCAGAGGUACACCGACGAGUUCAAACAGAGAGACACUGAAUUCACAGGGCAUAUCAACGUUAAGUAUGAGGACUUCCUGGAGAUGGUCAUGAGAUGCAGCGUUAUUUAGUUUUGUCUCGAUUAAAGUUUUGUCAGUUUUA